AUGGGUAAAAUCAAAAUCGGAUGCGCGACCGAUUUGAGCGAUAAAAUCGCCGUCGUCACCGGGGCGAACACGGGCAUUGGUUUUCACACGGCGAAACUUCUCGCAAAAGCAAACUUAAAAACAGUCGUUUUAGCCUGCCGGUCGAAAGAGAGAGCGCAAUCGGCCAAGGAGGAGAUUGAGAAGUUCUGUAAAAGCGGUGACGGUGAGAAUGAAUGCGUCGUGGAGGUGAUGGAAUUGGAUUUGAGCGAUACGGAUUCCAUCAAUCGAUUCGCGAAGGAGUUUCACAAAAAAUUCAAAAGGCUGGACGUCUUGGUGAACAACGCCGGCUUGAACAUGUCCGCGGGGUACUCGGGGCCGAAAGUCACAAAGCAAGGGUACGAGAUGUGCAUGGGGACGAACUAUUUCGGGCAUUUUAUGCUGACGAGUUUGUUAUUACCGGCGUUGCAGAAAGGGAAAGGGACGUCGCGAGUGGUGGCGCUGUCGAGCGUGACUUCGUGGUUCGGGUCGAAUAAGUACCAUUAUUUCGUGAAAGGACCGUCGAAAACGAAAGGGAAUUACUCGGCGAGUAAGUUGGCGUGUUUGGCGAUGACUAGGGAGUUGCAAAGAAGGUUGGAUAGGCAGGAUCCGGAUAACAACGUGGAGUGUGUGGCGGCGGAUCCCGGGUUCGUGGCGUCGGAUAUUUGGAGGAACUACAACGUCGUUUGGCGAAUGGUAGCCGGGUUGUUGGCGUUGACGCCGGAGGAAGGGGCGAUGACGAGCGUGCACGCGGCGUCGUUGAAAUCGGUCAAGAAAGGUCAGUUGUACAUGCCGUUUUCGAUUCGUUUGAGUAAGGUUUUUAAAUUGAAUAAAGGGUUGGGGUAUAAGUGCAUGGCGUUGCAGAGGGUGUUUGCGGGUUUUUGCGCGGACGAUUGCGCACCAAAGGCGAAGGAUUUGAAAUCGAACGAAAAGUUGUGGGAUUUGAGCGUGGAAUUCUGCAAAGAGAACGGGAUGUCUGCGAGCGCGAUGGGAGUAUUGAACGCGUUGUAA